AUGGACGCCGUCGAGUCACCCAAUGCCACCUCCGAGUCUGGUACCUUAAGCCCGGCGCAUUUUAACCACUCACGUAAGCGGAAGCAUUCAGGGUCUACUGACCGUCCCACCCGCGAAUAUGGGUUGAUGCGAGACACGGGCAAGCAUGACACCGCCCGUUUUGUCGGUAGUGGCAGCGGCAUUCACUUCAUCCGUGGCGUCUAUGUGAGGCUCGCGCGCAAAUCUGCCCUCCGGACGUCGCAGUCCACCAAUAACAUAAACGACCUCGUCCCUGGAGAGGAUGAUCAACUACAGCGUGAGACUUCCUCUCGCGAUGGCGACGAUUUGAGUCUUUGGAGAAUUCAUGAACUUGCCCCCGAGGUGGAUGGUGAUAAUGUGAAUACUUCCUUUGAGCAACUCGUGGAGUGGUCCAAGAGUUACUUCGAAGCAUGGCAUCCCACACUUCCAUUCCUCAGCGCACCAGAUGUUCUGGUCCUCUUUGAAGAGGUCAGUGCCUCUGGCAUUUCUUCCUUGGGAAAUCUCGAGCGGUCUAUCGUCAAGUCCAUCUUGUCCAUCUCACUUGCCGAUAGUCGCCAAAGGGCGCCCUUUGGCCAACCUAUUCAUGGCUCUCUUGUUUUCCGCACCGUCGAAGAGGCAAUGUCAGCUUCGCAGUUUGCCCUUUAUCAGCCAGCAUCGGUCCAAGCUACUCAGGCAGCACUCGCUAUACAACUGUUCCUUGUCUCGAUGCUACGGCUCAACUCAGCUUCGAGACUCGGCGGCCUCGUUGUUCGCAUGGCGUUCCAUCUCGGCCUGCAUCGCUGCCCCUCAAGAUACCCAUUUUUCACAAAAGAGGAAGCGCAUAUGCGCCGACGUGUGUUCUGGUGCAUUUACAGCACUGAGAGAUUUCUUUGCCAGGCACUGGGCCUGCCUUUAGAUAUCCGAGACGACGACGUAGAUGUCUGUUAUCCCGGAGAAGAAAGACACGGCGCCCCGGUUGAUGGUGAAGACAACCGUCUUCAGCUGUUGACGUAUCUAGUCAAACAUGCACGAAUACGGGGUUUAAUACUAGAGUUACGAAACAAGUCCAUUCAUUCGCGAGAUGACACCGCAGAUCGCGCGAGCUAUGUUCAAGCAGAACUGGCAAAAUGGUCCAAUGAAAUCCACGACGCUGUCGAAGACGAGCCUCACAUGGCUGACGCCCCUGACGAUAACACGCCCCAAACCCCAAUAUCCUCCGGUCACCGCACCUUCUUACUCCUGUUAAAAUACGAGUCUAUGAUCUCACUCAAUCGCCCAAUGAUGACGUCCGACCCGUCUAGUCCCGCCUAUUCCGCUGGGUUACAAAACUGUAUAUUUGCAGCCAAGUCGAUUUUCAUCGUGCUGAAAAGAUACCUUGUCCAACACAAGAUGACGAAUGAUCCAGCAAAUGUAUGCCUUUCGGAGCCUCUGCUGCAACCAUCAUUCACGUGGGCAGUCUGGAUCAGCGCGUUCAUUCUGAUCUAUGCAGCAUUUGAGAGGCAGCUGCCGUUGUCUAGUGCGUUGAAACACGUAGAGUCAGGGAAGCUCAUCCUGCGUCACAUCGCUGCACGAGAUACCUCAUGGCCCGAAUACUGUCUAUCUGCUAUUGAUGAGCUCACAGCAGCUGUUCGAGAAUUAUCAACACCACACAACCCGCUCCGUAGGCAAGCAGGCGGCCAUCAUCACUCUGCAAAUACUCAACCGAGGUCUAAUGAUACAAUGCAAUCACAUAGACCUGGAAGCAGUUCAAGCAGAUCUCGGGGCCUAAGAUCUCAGUCGAUCAGCGUCCCACCGAAUGCUUCACAUCCUCGAACCAGAUUUUCUCCCUCCAUAGCGACGUCGUCAGGAAGGCCAGACGACCAGAUCCCGGCUGCAACAGAAGGCAUGCCAUGGCCGCAAAACCAAAGCGAUGGACUAUCGAUUCCGGACGACCAUUCAACGAACCGGUGGCCCGCUCAAGCAUCACCCCCAUCCGGUACAUCGCUCAAUGCGACCUGGUCAGCUACUACACCUGGAGCCCAAUCUACCUUCCCAGGAACUAUCCAGCAGGAUUCGCCUACUCUUGAUAAUCCAUCAUUCUCCUUGAAUCUUGGUGCGACACCUUUCCCAUCGGUCAAUAAUGCGGAGACAGCGCCUGGAGAAGGGCAAGAGUCGAUGGUCUGGUAUGACCAGUUGUUCGCUAAUUCGUUUGGAGCGAUCGAUUACCCAUUCCUUGCUGCGGCACAAUUCGACCCGUCUGUGGAUCCGACUUGGUCAUACCUACGAUAA